AUGGAUAUUUCCGAGAUCACUACAAGCACUUCACCCACUAAUGGAGACGUCGACAAUCUCACUACGCAGAUUGAAAAUCUAGAUACCCAAGAACCAAAACACAGAUCGUUACUAGAAUCGAGUUAUGAGGUUAAGGUUACGAGUGUCGACGAUGAACCUCUGCUUUCUGUAACGAAGUUCGAAGAAUUAAAUUUGAGCCCAAACUUGUUGAAGGGUAUAUAUGAAAUGGGUUUUACAACUCCAUCAAAGAUUCAAGCAAAGGCAUUACCCUUGCUUCUCAAAUCUCC